AUCUUCCCUGAUGCCUUUAGUAUGGGAGGGUCGGGGUGAAAGGGAACUUUAUUGAAAAAUAAAUUCAAAAAUAGGAACAUGUCACUUUCUCUUAACAUAUCAAGACCCGAAGUUCUUAAAAAAUCUUUUCUGUUCAGCAGUUAGGGGAAUGAGGAAACCUUUUCUAAUUCCUUUAUUGUGAGACAAGUUUCAUGUAGUACUACUUGUUGUGUAACCAAAGGUGACCUUAAAGUCCCCAUCCUCCUGCUUGUAUUUUCCAAGUGCUAAAAUUACAUUUGUGUGUCAAUAAGCCUGGUAAGUAAUUCCAUUUUUAAAUAACCAUGUAAACCUUCAAAUUGUCUACCUUAUCAGUUGCCUGGAUUUAAACAGUGGAGCAUAAAAGAAUAUUUCAUAAUAUUCCACACCUAAUUAAACUACAAUUCCUUCUAUCCAUUAAAGAGUAUGAUCCCAAUUCUCAAAUAGUCACUUUGGAAUAACUGCAGGAAUCUAGAGAAUUCAGAGCUGGUCUCUGGAAAUUUAAAAAAGAGUUUCAAAAUGUUUAUACAGGGGAUUUAAUGCUCAGAGACUCAAGAAAUUGAAUACAUGACAAUAAGAUACAGUUUAACUGAGGUAUGAAUGUGGGAAUGGAGAAAAUGGUUAAUCGUUAAGGUAGAGGCAAAACUAAAGGAACUAAAAAGCAAAAGACUAAGAGUUCUAGCCAGGAAAUGGAUAUAAAGGUUCUCAACAAUUUAUGGCAACUACCAAAUGCCUGCCCAUGUCUACUGAAUCAAACUGCUGAGGAAGACAUUAUUACAUUGGCUUGCAAAAGCAUUUGUACAAGUGCAGACAAUUUAAGCCUGACACCGGAAAUAUUUCAUUUCGUGUAGGCAGUGAAAGAAGUUUCUCUUUUGGUUCCUCCUUUGAUCCGGAAGAAGACACAUCAACCUUCGUUGUCAAUUGGACCACGACAUAAGGGCGGGGCCACAGCGAUCCAUUCGCCUCGGUCACCGUUUGUGACGCAGUACCUAAGUGCAUAGGCUUGCUGGCUCUAGGGGCUCAUUUUAGUGGGCGCGGUCUCUGACCGAGCCCUGUUCAGGGCGGGUCCAUCGAUGCCACGCCCCCACGUCCGCUCUGACUGGCUGUGAUCGGUCACGUAGCCAGAGACUUGGCCGGAAAACAGCGAGCUUUCCUGAGCUGGGAGGGUAUGGUCGCGGUCUUGCGUCUUCCGGCUUCUACAGCCACUUCCCACGGAAGCCGGGGGUGUCACCCUCUUGUCUAUCUUCGGCCAUACACUUGUGUUCGCUCCCGUCAGUGCCUGCGGCUCCACACUCGCGCUCUGAUUCGCGCCUACUUGGGGACCCUGUCCCCACGCUACUCACUACCCUGUCCCCUCCCACCCAUCUAAAAUGUCUAAUAGACUCCAGACCGUCUUUCUGAAAACCGCAGAAGAAAAGUCAGGCUCGCACUGUAUUUCAGGGUGCAUGUAUCAAGUAGUUCCUACGAUUGGCACCGAUGGAAAAAAACUUCUGCAAUUACUUCCAAUUCCUAAAUCUUCUGGAAAUCUUAUCCCAGUAGUUCAGUCUCCAGUCAUGUCUCAUGGUUUGAAAGGGAAUACAGAAAAACCAGUUCAAGUUACUUUUCAAACUCAGAUUUCCAGCUCUUCCACAAGUGCAUCAGUUCAAUUGCCUGUUUUGCAGCCAGCCAAUACUACAAAAUAUUUUCUUACAGGAACAAUAGAUACAUCAGGAAAAGAUAGAGUUACUUCUAUGGGGACUGGAAAUUUUACACCACCAAUUUCUAACACUCAGAAUCAUGGUGUGAAAAUUCAUAGACUCACCAGGCAAACAUUUACUAUUCCUCCCUCAACACAAAAUGAUUCAUCUUAUUUUAUAGUCAAUACCCCAAGUCUCCCAGCAAAUGUGAAUUCUUCAACUUUGCCUUCUGGGUCUCCUUUAACGAUUCCAGCCCAUGCUGAAGUGAAACCUGUGCUUGCAUCACCCUUGCCUCCUUUGGUUCAGCAAAAGAUACUUGGAACUGUAACCACAAGUACCUCAGGAACAGUUGAGGCCUCGCAGAUACCAGCAGUUUUUUAUGUAUCUCCUGUAAACUCAGUAAAAAUUAUUGUUGACAAGAAAACUCAGAAUAUUUACCACAAACCAGUGACAUUCAAUACCUCGCAAAUUCCACCAAAUGUUGCUACAAAAACACAGUUAAACAGUGGUCAGCAUCCUCAAGCUGCUCCAGUGAACUUGAUUUUUCAAGAGUAUCUACAGCCUGGAAUUCCUUGUCUUGUUCCUGUUAAGUCUUCAAAUAAUGUGCCUUCAAAAGUUUUCAAUACUUUUGUAGAUAGGAAAACUCUGGGAGAUAAUACAGUAGGUACACCUUUGUUGAGUACCAACAGUUCUAGCAGGACACAGUCCAUAAGUGUGCCUAUUAAAGAUGAUGGUUUGAUAACAUUUAAUGGGAAAGUCUUGUUGAAUAAAAAGGGGACAUAUGGUCUGCCAUCAAAAAUUGACCAGCAGAAUUCUGUUUCUUCUGAUAUUCCACUAAAAGAUUCAUCACAGGUAGUAAGUUCAAGUCUGGUCACAGAAAUAUCCAGAGAGGUUUUAAGUAGUGUUUUGGUUAAAAGUAAAUCUUUUCAGUUGAAGACAAAAUCACUUUCCAAUUCCCAGCCUGCUCCCAUGGCCCAUAUAAAACCAGAGAAGAAUGAAAAAGUGGAGAAACCAUCUUUUUCUGUCACAAGUCCACAUACUACGAACCAGUCCACUCACUGCCUUAAACAGAGUAAAAUUGUAUUUAUAAACCCAGUUUUUUCAGAUGGAUUUAGGACAGGACAGAAUACCCCCAGAAAAGAAAAUCUCAUCCAGAACAUACGUUCCUCUGUUGAUGCAGCAACUGUUACUUCUCAACAGUGUGUUUUCAGAGACCAAGAACCACAGACCCAGUAUGAGAUGGCAUCAAUAUUAAAAAAAGAUAUUCAAGAAAGAAGUAACAAGAAAUAUUCUCAAGGAAACCAUACCAAGGCAUCAUAUCUGAAGAAUGAUGCUGAAUUUAAAAAGAUAUUUGGUCUCACUAAAGAUUUGAGAGUGUGUCUUACUCGAAUUCCUGACCAUCUGAGCUCUACAAAAAGUUUUGAUUCCUUUAACAAUUUGGUGAAAAGUAGUUCUUACAAAGAUGCAAACGUUGUGAUGAAGGAAGAAAAAAAACAGAGUUUCUCUAAGAAAAGAAAUGCAAAACCCAUGAAGAAAAUGGAUUACACAAAAAGAAGAAAAAUUGAAAAUGCUAGUGACAUGGUCAUAAACGUCAUGAAUGGAACUGAUGUUGCUAAUUCCCAACUCCUUAGUAGUAUUUUACCAAUAUCAGACAUAUCACAACAUAACAUUAUCACAAGCCAUAGUACAACCAGGGAAGACAAGAGAACUGAAACAGAACACUACUGUCAUGAGAAGCAGGAAAAAAGCACAUUAAGUUCAAGCACAUCUUUUGAACAAAGUAAUUAUUUUAAUAAAAACUAUACUGAAGAUAUUUUUCCAGUGACACCACCAGAACUAGAAGAAACCAUCAGAGAUGAAAAAAUAAGAAGACUUAAGCAAAUUCUAAGAGAAAAAGAAGCAGCUCUUGAAGAAUUGCGUAAGAAGAUGCACCAAAAACAAUAAAAUGUCUAUGGGUUAAAGACUUAUAUUACUACAGUAGUUCCCUCUUGCCUGUCAUGGAUCCCCAGUGGAUGCCUGAAACUGAAGGUGAUACCAAAUCUUAUGUAAAACCACUCUAAAGUCAUGACGUUUGUUAACAACUAAAUGUCUACUUAGAAAAAUAACAGGCAAGUUAUAUACAGUACAAAUCUACUGAAUGAAGAAGAUAAUUGAUACCCUCAACAGAACACUGGAAUUUUUAUAAUGCUACUCAGAAAGAUAGUUUAAAUGUUACAAAUUCCUUCUUUCUGGAGUUUCUCAUCAAUACUUAGGUGUGUAUGAUGCGGAACAAAAAGCAACUGCAAAUUAUAAAGGACUGCUCUCUUGUAAAGGCAUUCUCAAAGUGUCUUUGUAUAUGAAACUUGAGGAGUUCCAAAAAGGAUUGAGUCAUAUGACUUGUCAGUAAUCUACAUGAAGUAUUUUGACUUACUUGUUUUGGAAGAAAAGUUUGGGUAUUUUUCUGUGAAAUGCAACUCCCCAGAUUUGAGUAUUUUGUAUAAGGUUUUUGUUAAUAUUUUAUCUUCAACUAAAUUCCUCAGGUUUUACCCUAAGAAUAUUGUGUAUUAAAAUUCUACAAUCCAAGAUAUGGAGUCAGCUGUAAGCAUAACUUUACCAUUGAGUUUAUAUGUGGACUGUCUUGGUCUUCUUACCCAUAAAAAUGAUAUGACCUGUUGUUGAUAUUUUUAUUUCAUCAAGAAAAUCUAUUAUAAUAAAUGUAUUCAAAUAUUUUUCAAUGUGAA